AUGAACCCCGAGUACGACUACCUCUUCAAGCUUCUCCUCAUCGGUGAUUCCGGUGUUGGAAAGUCUUGCCUUCUGUUGCGAUUCGCCGACGACACAUACACCGAGUCCUACAUCUCCACCAUCGGUGUCGACUUUAAAAUCCGCACGAUAGAGCUCGAUGGAAAGACGGUGAAGCUGCAAAUCUGGGAUACUGCCGGUCAGGAGCGUUUCCGCACCAUCACUUCCUCCUACUACCGUGGUGCCCACGGCAUCUGCGUCGUCUACGAUGUCACCGACAUGGACUCUUUCAACAACGUCAAGCAAUGGCUCCAGGAGAUCGACAGAUACGCCACCGAGGGCGUCAACAAGCUGCUCGUUGGCAACAAGAGCGAUAUGUCCGACAAGAAGGUUGUCGAGUACACCGUCGCCAAGGAAUUCGCCGACAGCUUGGGCAUUCCCUUCCUUGAAACCUCUGCAAAGAACGCCAGCAACGUCGAGCAGGCUUUCCUGACCAUGGCCCGCCAGAUCAAGGAGCGCAUGGGUAGCACGACCGCGAACAACACGAAACCCUCCGUACAGGUUGGCCCUGGCCACGGUGUCUCCUCGAACUCGGGAGGUGGCUGCUGCUAA